GAUAUAUACAAUAUAAAUUGCUACAGAAAAGAAUAAACAUGAAAAGUUUAUUCAGCAUUUUUUUGCUUAUCGGCUUCGUUUCAACCUGUUUUGGUCUUAGUUGCUUACCGUGCGAAGAAGCCGUAUGCAAAUCGCCUGUUUGUACAACUAAAAUUGUUAAAGACGCAUGUGGAUGUUGCGACGUCUGCUCAAAAAGCAUUGGUGAACGAUGUGGAGGGCCAUGGAAUAUAUCUGGUUUAUGUGACAACGGUUUGAAAUGCCACAGGGUGGUGAGACCUGGAGAACUGGAAUUCAACAUUGAAGGAACGUGCGAAAAUAAUACGAGAGGGGGUUGCCUGCACCCAACCAAGUUCUCAGAAUGUGCAAGUGCAUGCCAAUCUCGUUGCGAUGAACGAGAACCUUUAAUUUGCACUCUUCAAUGCAUCGCGAAUCCAUGUGUAUGCAAACAAGGAUUUAUCCGAAGAAGUGCCACAGACGACACCUGUAUUCCGGUUGAUGAAUGUCCGCCUAAAGUUACUUGUGAGUUUCCGAAGGUUUUCCGUUCUUGUGCCACCGCUUGUCCAAAAACUUGUGGAAAUCCUUAUCCGUAUAGAUGCACAAAAAAUUGCAAUUUGGAUCAAUGUGUUUGUCCAGAAGGAUAUAUAUUGAACAGUCUAACAGAGAAGAGAUGUAUUCGUAACUAUGAAUGUGAAGAUUUCUCCUUCUGCAGAAUGGAUUGCCUUCCAUUGACUAUUGGCGCCUCUACUUGUGAUUUGCCAGCAAAGUGGGUUUGCGAAUUGACUAACUGGAAAUGUGAUGCUUACGAAUGGAAAAUGGAAAUGGAAAAGUGGUGGUUUGGAAGCGGAUGUUCAGUUGAUGACAAAGGUUUAUGGGACAUGUUCGAUAAAAUAAUAUCGGAUUGUCCAUUACAACCAUCAUGUAAAAAUCAGGAUGCCACGGAAUGCAGGUCUGAUGGAUUUGGUUGCAGGUCUUGCACAUGCAGUGAUGGGAAAUAUGAAGAUAUAAGUCAGCUACCAGUAAUUGCUAGUAGAAAUCACGCCAGAUAUCUCGAGCUUAUGAAUGUUUACAGGAGCGCUCGAGAUAGAUGUCAGAGUAUGACUGGUUGCUGAUUAAACUGAUUGACUGAUCGUUGUAUAUAUAAUUAAACAGUAAUUUUAUUUUGCAAUUAAUUCGCAGUUGAAGAGGCGCCAAAUGAGGCCAAAUGGUAUUCAUUCAUAUGGUUGAGUUAAUAAUAAAAAUUAUUACCGUCGAUCAAGAAUGUUUUCUGUUCAAAAUGGCAAACUAAUUACUAUUAUUCGAAGUAGCUGAUGUAAAUCAACCUAUACAUUUUAAUGAUGUACUUACUAAUAAACAUAAUCCAACCACAAUGAAAAAA